UAGGUUCAGUCCUUAGCAAGUGAUUAGAACAAGGUCCCAAUCGCUUAGAUCUCUAAAUUCUCUUCACACACACACAAACAAACACCAAAACGAAGACUCAAAAAAGAAUCGAAUCACGAGUGCAGUUGGAAUACAACAAGGGAUUUUGGGGUUCAUUUCCACUUUUUUUUUUUUUUUGAAAAAAAGAGUGAAGGUGAGGAAUUUCAAAGCCAAAAUUUUAAAAAGAACAAAAAAAGAGAGAGAAAAAACUAGACUAUAAUAGCAGUAGCAGCAGUGCUAUAGUAGUUGAGACAGGAGCAGUGAGUGAGUUUUUAUAUCUUUGGUUUAUUGGUGAGAAUAGUAGUGGAAAGGAUCUUUUUCUUCAACAUCUGCAAACACAAUUGAUUUCUAGUGUAUCUUUUUUUUCCCUGCUUUUGAGGUCUCGCCGUCUUUGAAGUUCGGCUCUGGCCCUUUUGUCUACUAGGAUUGGUGGCGCAUUAAAGUGGGGAGCGUUCACUAGAGAGAUCCGUAGCUGAAGAUAUUUUUCGGGCUUCUCAGGCUGCAGGCAUUCUUAAGUCUGGUUCUUGGAACGAAGAAAUCUUAAAAACUCUCUCGCAACUGUGCUGUACCUAUUGACAGCGUGCUUGUUGGUUGUUUCCAAUCUGAAAACAAGGAAAAGGUGAUAAAUCAAAGUCAAGCAAAGGACGUAACAAGGAGGGGCUUGAAUAUAUAUAUAUAUAUAUCAACAAGGUCAUUUUGGGUCAUAGAGGGGAUUCUUCAGUCUCUCUUUCUUUUUUCCCAUCUCGAAAGAGACAUUUCAAAGCGAGGUUAGUAUAUAUGAAAGUGGAGUAAUCAUGGGGGGAAAUAAGUUUCAUAGCCCUGUUCCUUUUAUUUUGUUUUUUCUUUUUGUUUCUGUGGGGUGGAGACUGUGAGUGACUUAACUGUUUCUUACGAGUCUGGAAGAGGGAAUUUGGUGGUUUUAUUUGGAUCUGGGAGAUCUACCAGGAUUUAGACGUUGCUUUUAGUGAAAAACCAAGACAAUGUUGUCUCAGAAGCAAGCAGAAGAAGCAAUUGUUUCAAACUACAGCGAGACAGAUCAACAUGAAGGCAAGGAAGAAGAGGCAGAAGAGAACCACUCUUUGUUUAGUAUCAAGAGUGCUCUUUGGCAUGGUGGGUCUGUCUGGGAUGCCUGGUUUAGCUGUGCCUCCAAUCAAGUAGCACAAGUACUGCUGACACUUCCAUACUCCUUCUCUCAGCUUGGUAUGCUGUCAGGGAUUUUGUUUCAGAUAUUCUAUGGGAUUGUAGGAAGCUGGACAGCUUACCUCAUAAGUGUGCUUUACAUUGAGUACAGAAGCAGAAAGGAGAAAGAGAACGUUAACUUCAAGAACCAUGUCAUACAGUGGUUUGAAGUGCUUGAUGGGCUACUGGGUCCAUACUGGAAGGCAUUAGGACUUGCCUUCAACUGUACUUUCUUACUCUUUGGAUCUGUCAUUCAACUUAUUGCUUGUGCAAGUAAUAUUUACUACAUCAAUGACCAUAUGGACAAGAGGACUUGGACUUACAUUUUUGGAGCUUGCUGUGCCACAACAGUUUUUAUACCCUCUUUUCAUAACUACCGUAUUUGGUCUUUUCUUGGACUUGGCAUGACCACAUAUACCGCCUGGUACAUGGCCAUAGCAGCUCUUAUUCAUGGCCAAGUAGGAGUCGUCACGCAUUCUGCUCCGACAAAGUUGGUGCUUUACUUCACCGGAGCCACCAACAUCCUCUACACCUUUGGUGGACAUGCUGUCACCGUGGAAAUCAUGCAUGCCAUGUGGAAGCCCCAGAAAUUCAAGUAUAUUUACUUGAUGGCUACUCUCUACGUGUUCACACUAACCAUUCCUUCUGCCACCGCCGUCUACUGGGCCUUUGGAGACCAACUCCUCAACCAUUCCAACGCCUUUGCUCUCCUCCCCAGGAAUGGUUUCCGCGAUGCUGCGGUUAUCCUCAUGCUCAUUCACCAGUUUAUCACAUUUGGGUUUGCAUGCACCCCAUUGUACUUUGUGUGGGAGAAGGUGAUAGGGAUGCAUGACACAAAGAGUAUUUGCUUGAGGGCACUUGCAAGGCUACCGGUGGUGAUCCCAAUAUGGUUUUUGGCUAUAAUCUUCCCGUUCUUUGGACCCAUUAACUCAGCAGUCGGUGCUCUUCUGGUCAGCUUCACAGUCUACAUUAUCCCAUCUCUAGCCCACAUGCUCACUUACAGAAAAUCCUCUGCUAGACAGAAUGCUGCAGAGAAGCCUCCUUUCUUCAUGCCAAGCUGGACCGCCAUGUAUGUUAUCAACACCUUCGUGGUGGUGUGGGUGCUGGUGGUUGGUUUUGGGUUCGGUGGAUGGGCUAGCAUGACCAACUUCGUUAGGCAGGUGGACACGUUCGGACUCUUCGCAAAGUGCUAUCAAUGCAAGCCAGCAGGGGCAGCACCACCGCGUCCUCACUGAGCUGACGUCACUGAAGCAAAUCAGUCCCAAGAUUUCGUCUGAGAAAAUAUUUCUUUUGCUUCAUAUUUUGUAUCAUACAAAGGGGAAGUAGCAGUAUCUCCUCCAUGUGAUGUGUGCUGGAUUUUGCUUUUCUUUUCUUUUUUUUCUUGGGGGUUACUUAAAUUAGUUGGUGAAAUAGUGUGUUGAAUUGUGAUGAUUCCUUUGCUAUUAAAAGCGUAGGCUAAUUAAAUCAGAUAAAAUAUAUGCUUAGUUUUCAUA